ACCGAGGGUGUUUUCCGCAUUCACCUUGCUCCUUUCAAAGCACAACAAUUCACUCUGCAAAAUCUUUCGACUUUCUGUAGAAAAACCCAAAUCACCCUGACUCACCAUUCAACAACCGAAAAAGGACAUGAAGACCCAAAUCCGCGAAGACCUCUUAUACCGACUACGCUGGAACCUGGUAGCCCCGCUCCACGACAUCGAAAUCGCAAUAGGACCCAAGAAUGAAGAAAAGCUUGUCUCAUUAUUCGAACAUCCUUGUGUGGAAGCAAAUAUCUCAGUACCCAGCCUGCGCCAUCUCGAGGUGAUGAGCGACGAUAUGUGGAGAUCACACGAGGCCUGGCAUCAUGGCGACGACAGUCCCGAGCCAGACUGCGCAUGUAAGCCUCCGCCCAAUCUUGUCAUCGAAAACGCAGACGGGAGACCUGUUACGCUGGGGCAGUUUGUCACGCAGGUUCAUGCAUACUUGAAUGAGCACAUGGUUCAGGUUAAGAGGGCUAUGACUAUGUUUCAGAAUGUCAUUCCUGGAGAAGCGAUUCCUCUCUUCCAGCGCGCGUGGAAUCGGGGGACGCGCGAUCCAGACGUUUUGUUGUCGGUUUAUUUGACGCUGGAAAGGGAUGGGGAGGUUAUGGAGGAGCAUUGGGCCAAGCAAUUGGAUUUUGCGCGACGAUAUGAAGAUGGGAGAUUUGGUGAUGUUUGUAAUGCUACGAGUGGACGCGAUGCUUGAUAGUUUUGAUCAGUAUCACGCUGCCUGUGGCUCUAGUGGGUUGCUAGCUUUCCUCGGUCAAGAGGAGCUUAUGUAGUUAGGACUGGAAGCAUUUAAGUUUUAUAUGAUGGUGGACUGCUUUAGAGCAAGCACUAUCGCCCUAGUCCCUGUUACACUGUGUAUACUUCAUCAUUGCCAUUGGUG